GUUAUUUUCAUGGUGAAUUUUGCAUUUUUGAUUUAUAUUUGUGCUAUUUUGUCUUAACAAAAAUAGUGUACAACUUGAUUUGCCAUUUUAUGAAAAUUGCUCUUCUUUUCUUGAAAUUUGUUUUUCACAGACGCCCGCCCUUCUGACGAAACGGGGAUGUGCUUGUGGCGUGGCGAGAGGCUGCCCUCGUGAUUGUAAUUUCGGUGUUGCUGGUGAAAACAUUUUUCAGUGUUGUCUCUGGAAGACCAGCACUUUUGUUCAGAAGUCAAAAUGCCAAAUAGCUCCCAGAGUAGCCCACAACAACAGCAGCAACAGCAGCAGCAGGAGCAGCAGCAACAGCAGGCUCAGCCGCAGAUAAUAGCCUCUUCGGGAGUGCCCAUCACUUUCGAUGGUCAGGAAGCCACCUUUAUCCCAGCUGGCACCCAUGGAAGUUUGGUGUCUGGUGCUCAGUUCCUCUCUGGUGCCCAGCUGGUGCGGCCCCAGAACCUAAUUGGCUCCAACGUUGUGCAGAGCGUCGGCACACAGGCCAUCUCCCUCAGUCCCGGUCGGCAGCUGCAGGUGCAGACGCCGAACGGGAUCCAGUUUGUGCAGGUGCCGGUGCAGCAGAGCAUGCAGACCAUCUCCGUACAGAUCCCCAUGUCGACGGCUGGCGGGCAGACCGUCUACCAGACGGUGCAGCUGCCGGUGGCGGCCGCUGGAGGCGCCCAGCAGCUCCAACUGAUGCCGCAAAUCCAGGUCGGCGGUGCUAUGCCGCAGUACGCCCAGGUGCUGACUCCCGGCGGCCAGCUGCAGCAGGUACAGGUGGUACCGGCCCAUCACCUGGCCUCGCUGCAGCAGGCCGCCGCCGCCCCCGCCACCGCCGCCUCCACCAGUAGCCAGCCGACCAGUCUGUCCACCACCACCUCCACCACGUCUGUGAUGGGCUCGGCGCAGACCUCUCCCGCCGAGGAGGAGAGCAAGGAGGCCACGGCGGCGGCGGCCGGAGCCGAGGCUGCCGGCCAGACCAUGGCGCUGCAGCUGGCGCAGGCGGGCCUGUUUGGAGGUCAGCAGACCAUCACCGUGCAGGGACCGAACGGCCCCCAGCAGCUGACAGUAUGGAGUCCGGGCACCAAUGCCAUUUCGCAACAGCAGCAGCAGCAGCAGCAGCAACAGCAACAGCAGCAGCAGGCGACCGCCCGCUCCCAGGCAGCGACCGUCAGUGGCUCUAAUGUUCUACAGGUACCCAACCUGAACUCUGUGAUGAAUACGGCCCUGAGCGGUCAGGUCAGCAUACAGAACAUCCCUGGCCUGGGUCCGGUGCAGGUGAUAUCGGCACAGGGCCUGCAGCAGCUACUGCAGCAGCCGGGACAGACUGUACACACACUGCCCGGCGGGGCGCAGAUUAUCGCCGCCGGGUCGACCUCAGCAGCGCCGGCCGUGGUGCCCGCCCCUGCCGAGGUCGAUGUCGGCAACAAACUUAUCCAGAUGCAGAUGGUGGGCGGUCAGCUGGUGGCUCAGAUGCCGCCAGGGUCGCCCGACGCCAGCAGCGGAGACGAGGCGGGGCCCAAGACCAGGCUGCGCCGAGUGGCCUGCUCGUGUCCAAACUGCCGCGAUACGGAUGGAAACAAAGUGAUCAACCCGGACUCUGACAAGAAGCGUGUGCACAUCUGUCACAUCCCCGGCUGUAACAAGAUGUACGGCAAGACGUCCCACCUGCGCGCCCACCUGCGCUGGCACAGCGGCGAGCGACCGUUCGUCUGCAGCUGGGUCUACUGCGGCAAACGGUUCACACGCUCUGAUGAACUGCAGCGACACAAGCGUACCCAUACGGGAGAGAAGCGGUUCCAGUGUCCCGAGUGCUCCAAGCGCUUCAUGCGCUCCGACCACCUGAGCAAACACGCCAAGACCCACCUCAAGGUGAAUGGACGGGAGGCGGGCCAGUCGGACGCCGGGCCGCGGAUCAUUUACGCUGACCCGGUGCCGCUCGAAUGUGACGACGCCGAUGGUCUGGAGCAGGACAUUGACAGCCCGGCCCCGAUGGGCGACGAGCGUAAACUGCUUAUCACCGUGGACACUGAAAACGACCAGUCACAGCUGUCCAUGGGAGACGGACUAGAAGACCUGGACGGCAGCAGUAUCGCGUAGAGCUCCGCGCACCGCUCGCUGUAGCUCUGGGUGUGUGUCUGUGUAUGGGGAGUGUUUUACAAAGGGGAUCCGCUGCCGACACGGUGGGACCAGGGGUGGUGCUCGUUGACAGGCGUGCUCUUGCAUGAAUCUCAAUGGUGGACGGGCGUCCCGUGCGUCCCGUGCACAAAACACGUGCCUGGCACGUGUGUUUGACGUGAAUACAGCUUAUCUCCGCACUGAGUGAACCAAAGUUCAGAUUCGGUUACUUGAUGUACUUUUAUGAUACAACACAAUCUUUUUAUACCGCUUUGUACCGAAUGGUAGACGAAUCAAACUUACAAAGGACCCCGUCGUCCGCCGACUGCUUGCUAGUAUUUAUUCUAGGUAUUGUAUUGUGUUGCGACUACGCUGCUCCCUGGCGGGAUUGUAUGUAUUUUUGGUGGACUGGUGACCGAAUUUUGAGCGGCUGCUACUAUCAUUGUACCGCCGGCAAAUGUACAUAUAAUGUGACGUCUUUCAGGGGUGGGUCGGGGGGGGGGGAUUGAUUGUUGUGUACUUAUUCUCGAUACCUGACGUGCUGGGAGGGAUGGGGGUUAAUACCUGACAUGUUCUGGGGUGGGGGAGGGGGGAGGUGUGCUCGGGGUCGCCUGUAAGGCCGCAUUGUGACCCGCCUGCUGGUGGGUAGUGUUAUUUGACUUACCACGCCGCAUGUCGCCAUUGAAUACAGUCAUGGUUCAAAUCAC